AGAAGGAGAGAGGGAGGGAGACUGCAAUAUCAUUUGUGAAUUGCUCGCACAGUGGCGCAGAUAGGGGCUGCGAACAGACGCGCUGCAGGUGAGGCACGGAUCGGAGCGGCCGUGAGAACCAAGAGGACAGGGAGAAUGCGGGACAGAGGAAAUAAUCUUCUCUCGCUGGGAUUUUACGAACCUUUUCCAGACGUCAUCUAACUGGAUUACAGUGCACUCAGAAUAUAUUCUUUUUACUCAUCACUCUUCGAUUUUGCUCCCGCAUCACUAAACCGUGCAGUGCUGCGGACUUUUUCUCCUUUGUUUGCCAACUGACAGCGCUCCGAUACACGGAGUGUAUGUGUGCAUGUGUUAAGUCGUCGGUGGAAGAAAAAUCUGAACACUAGUAAGCAUCUGCACGGGGCACCGGACAGUGUAUCCGUGUCUAACCUGAAGCCGCACGGUGCAACGACAGAGGGACAGCCCCACAAAGUUCUCAACGUUUGCGCCUGUUUGAUGCGUUAUAUGUUUCUUUUUAAUCAUUUUGGGAAAUAUUGCCGACAAGGAGAAAGAUAAACGGGAUCAUUUAACUUAAAGGGUUACGAACCAGUCUAUGCGUAAACAUCAUUCCACGGCUGUUUGAGUGUAAGUUGACCCAUUAUUGGAGGAAAAAAACGAACUCGGACACAUAAUUCUGAUAUUUUUACAACAGCAAAUGAUGGAACAUUCAAAAUAAUUUUUUGGUUCAUUUCAAUUUUGCUGUAAAACUCCCUAAUGAAUUCAUGACAUAUGGCUUGGAAGAACGGACAGUUCGUGUCCUGUUAGCGGGAGACGUGGCUUCGAAGAGGGGGCAGAGGAAUCUGGACACUGGCUGCGAUCUAUUGCAGGCGAAGCAGUGUAUGUAAUCUGGAUCAUGAAGCCACAAGCCUCCUGAAACCGCAAGAAUACGCUUCAGAAAAUUGACCAAUUCUACUGAAUUAUUGCUAAAUCCCAUUUUUUGUUUUUAGUAUAAAAUCAAGGUAAACAACUACCGAGAACCAUGAGGACUACUGGCGCAGUGGACUAUUUGUGCUACUUGGUGCUCAUCCUGCAGCUGCUGAGUCAGCCCGCCGCCAAGAAAGUGCUCCGCUACCGCUUGGCGGAGGAGGGUCCCGCCGAUAUCCGAAUAGGAAAUGUAGCCGCCGACCUGGGCAUUGGAGCCGGCUCUGGCGAGGUAACUUUCACCCUGGAGUCGGGCUCCGAAUACUUUAAAAUCGACAACAUUACCGGGGAACUUAGCACGAACGACCGGCGGAUAGACCGAGAGAAGCUACAACAGUGCCAGAUGAUUUUUGAUGAGAACGAAUGUUUCAUAGAUUUCGAAGUGUCAGUUAUUGGACCGGCGCAAAGCUGGCUAGAUUUGUUUGAAGGGAAAGUCAUUAUUUUGGACAUAAACGACAACACGCCUUCUUUUCCGUCUCCCGUUCUGACUCUGUCUGUGGAGGAGAACAGACCGAUUGGCACGCUAUAUCUUUUGCCCACGGCGACCGACCGUGAUUUUGGUAGGAAUGGAAUAGAAAGAUAUGAGCUCAUUCAGGAUAGCGGCGACUCCUCCGUGAGACGGAUUGGCUCGAGUUUAGGGAGCAACGGGGACUCUCACUCUGGUAAGAGGCGGUUCGAUGACAGCUCCAGGAACAGCUUCUUUGAGUUACAAGUCGCUGACACUACUGACGGCGAGAAGCAGCCGCAGCUUAUCAUUAAAGGCGCGCUGGAUAGAGAGCAGCGGGACUCCUAUGAACUGACGCUGCGCGUGAGAGAUGGGGGCGACCCGCCACGCUCCUCACAGGCUAUCCUCAGAGUGAUGAUUACAGACGUCAAUGACAACAGCCCACGCUUUGAGAAAACCGUAUAUGAGGCUGACCUACCGGAAAACAGCUCCCCUGGCGCCCCCAUCCUCCAAUUAAAAGCCAUGGAUGCUGAUGUUGGUGUGAACGGGCAAAUCGAGUACGUUUUUGGCGCCUCCACUGAGUCUGUGCGGAGGCUCCUGAGACUUGAUGAGAGCACUGGCUGGCUGAGCGUGCUCCACAGGAUUGACCGCGAGGACGUAAGCCAGCUGCGCUUCACUGUAAUGGCACGAGACCGUGGACAGCCUCCCAAGACAGAUAAGGCCGCUGUUGUACUAAAUAUCAAAGAUGAGAAUGAUAAUGAGCCCAGUAUUGACAUUCGCAAGAUUGGCCGCAUCUACCUGCGUGAUGGGGUGGCCAAUGUGGCAGAGGAUGUUGUGGUGGACACACCCAUUGCACUGGUACAGGUGUCAGACCGUGACCAGGACCAGAAUGGGUUUGUGACCUGCACAGUGGUGGGUGAUGUGCCCUUCCAGCUGAAGCUGACAAGCGAGAAUGAUGGCGAGAUGAACAAAAAGAAGUACUUCCUACACACGUCAGCACCACUGGACUAUGAGUCUGUGCAGGAGUACACCGUGGUCAUUGUGGCAGUGGAUUCUGGAAGCCCCAGUCUCUCCAGUAACAACUCCCUCCUUGUCAAAGUGACCGACACCAACGACAACCCGCCUAUCUUCAGCAAGAGCACGGUGGAGGUGUCGUUUGCGGAAAACAAUGCCCCUGGCGAGCGGGUGGCGACCAUGAAGGCCACAGACGCUGACAGUGGCAAGAAUGCAGAGAUCUCCUACUCGCUCGACUCAUCCGUGAAUGGCAUAUUCUCCAUUGAAGCGGACAGCGGGGACAUCCGUGUGAACACCAUCCUGGACCGCGAGCAGACGGAGCGCUACGAGUUUAAAGUGGUGGCCAAAGACAAGGGCAUGCCCAUUCUCCAGGGCUCAGCCACUGUGGUCAUACUGGUGGCGGACAAGAACGAUAACGAGCCCAAGUUCAUGCAGGAUGUGUUCACGUUCUACGUAAAAGAGAACAUGCAGCCCAACAGCCCCGUUGGCAUGGUAACAGUAAUGGAUGCCGACAAGGGGCCCAACGCCCAGAUGAGCCUCUUCAUCGAGGAAGAGGAGGAGAUCUUCUCCAUCGAGAACGAUACAGGCACCAUCUUCUCCACUGUGUCGUUCGACCGCGAGCAGAAGACACAGUACUCCUUCCGGGUCAAGGCGGUGGAUGGCGGCGACCCUCCGCGCUCCGCCACGGCUACAGUGUCACUCUUAGUGAUGGACGACAAUGACAACCCUCCCACUGUGCUCUUUCCCCUCAACAACACCUACACGCUGCUACCGCCGGCCAGCACCGUCCAAACGGUGGUACGUACCGUGGUCGCCACAGACACAGACACAGGCCAAAACGCCGACCUGCACUUCAGCAUCAUCGGCGGCAACCCCUUCAAGCUGUUUGACAUGGACCGGGCCACUGGGGUCAUCUCGCUGGUCGGCAAGCUGGAGCAGAAGCACUACGGCCUUCACCGGCUGGUGGUGCUGGUGAACGACAGUGGGCAGCCCUCACAGAGCACCACCACCCUGGUCCACGUCUUCGUCAACGAGAGCGUGGCCAACUCCUCAGUGGUGGAAGCGCAGGUGGCCAGGAGCUUGGCCACCCCGCUCAACGCUGACAUCGCUGGGGACCCCAACUACGACCUGAGCAAGCAACGGCUGAGCAUCGUCAUCGGCGUGGUGUCGGGCAUCAUGACAGUCAUCCUCAUCAUCCUCGUGGUGGUGAUGGCACGCUACUGCCGCCCCAAGAACAAGAACGGCUACGAGGCGGGCAAGAAAGACCACGAGGACUUCUUCACACCGCAGCAGCACGACAAGGGCAAGAAGCCCAAGAAAGACAAGAACAAGAAGAAGUGCAAGCAGCCGCUCUACAGCAGCAUAGUCACGGUGGAGGCGUCCAAGCCCAACGGCCAACGCUACGACGGCGUCAACGAGAAGCUCUCGGACAGCCCAGGAAUGGGACGCUACCGCUCUGUCAACGGGGGUCCCGGGAGUCCCGACCUGGCGCGGCACUACAAGUCCAGCUCGCCCCUGCCCACCGUGCAGCUGCACCCCCAGUCGCCCACGGCGGGGAAAAAACACCAAGCCGUGCAGGAUCUGCCUCCCGCCAACACCUUUGUGGGAACCGGAGAUAACAUAUCCCUAGGAUCGGACCACUGCUCCGAGUACAGCACUCAAACCAUCAACAAAUACAACAAACAGCCGUUCCGCCGGGUGACCUUCUCGGUGGUGAGCCAGCCCCAGGACCCGCACCACCAGGGAUCGCUGCAGAGCUGCUACGACAGCGGGCUGGACGAGUCGGAGACACCCAGCAGCAAGAGCUCCUCGGGCCCCCGGCUGGGCGCCUUGCCCCUGCCAGAGGACAGCUAUGAGAGGACCACGCCGGACGGGAGUGUCGGUGAGGCAGAGCACAUGGAAAAUGACACUCGGCCCCUGCCUGACGUAGCCAUGACCGGCAAGUGCACCCGCGAAUGUGACGAGUACGGCCACUCCGACGCCUGCUGGAUGCCCGUGCGCACCUCGCCCGAGCGCCGGCCCAAACAGCAGGUCCCCGGCAGCCAGCAGCCCCCCAAGCUCUCCACCUUCAUGACCUCUGGCGGGGUGGGCGGCGGGGCCACGGGCGAGCAGGCGGUCAAUCCGGACAUCCCGCUGGCGGUGGCCAACGGCGACCCGGUGGCGGGGGCGCACCUGCUCGGCGACCGCAACCGCAACCUGCUCCACAAAAAGAUGUCAGCCUCGUCCUCGUCCUACGACGCCUUUGCCACCGCCAGCUACGCCGCCGGCGCCCCCGACGACCCCAGCCGACCCCCCGAGGACAUCCCGAUGGCCCAGACGGGCGACUACAAGACCACGACCUGUGGCACCCUCACCCGCCGCGAGGUCUACCUGUGACAGGUGGACCAAUCAAACACCAAUCAAAACUGAGAAGACAAAUACACAAAAACAAGAAAGAACUGUAUUAGUAACACCCGUCCUACCAUCGACACUAAAAUCUAACACACAAGCAAAGACAAAAAGCCACCUUCACGAGACUCUCGUUUCAGAGCCAAAACGGACUUCUUCCCUCCCAGAGAGGAAAACAAACGACUGCCGUGCUCGAAGGAACAGAGAAAGAAAAAUUACCCCAAGUGGAUUCUUUUGAGGCUAGUUCUCACCAAAACCUAUAUUCUUUCUUUCCUUUUUUUAAAUUAUCUGCAUAUGAAUGACUAACUCAUACUUUGGAAUUGAGAGAGGUUGAUGAGUAGGACAAAGGGUGACCAAGGAGGAGGUAAAGAAGGGGGAGAGGAGGGGGUUGAUGGCGAGCCAAUCGGGUGUUGCUGCUGGCAAUUUCGGGCCCCUCGAACUAUUCUAUAGCUGGCUGAUUACUCCACUGUUGUAUAAUGUAGACUGUAUCAUCGUAACGUGCAUGCAUAAUCGAGCCCCUUAGAGACAUGGACUACUGGUGUUAAAAGGAAGGACCUACCUUGCUACCUUUCUAGCUCGCUUUUUUGUAUACUCUAUACCGGUUUGAGGAGAGACUCUGACCGAGGCACUUCUGAUAUUCAUGGACGGAUGGGCGGGGCCUGUUCAAGGAUCUGCCCCAUUACCAUGGUAUGCAAACAUAUUCACCACGGCUCGAACCAAUCACGAGUCAGCAUUGUAACAGUAGACCAAAAAUAGACUGAAAAAAAAUCCAAAUUUACAGAAACCUUAAGGAAGAGGAAAAAGCGAAUGGGAAACCGAGGAUAUUCCCAUGGAAACAAGCGAUCUUAGAGACACAUAUUUUUUUUUUUUGCUUUUUUUCCUGUCAGGGCAACCAAGUUUGAGGACUACUCUUCUGGAAAGAUGUUUUUUUUUUUAGAGAGAGAAUUUGGGCCGCAAAAUCUAACAUUAAGUCUGUGGAUGCCUGUUGAAAACUGAUGCUAGCCCACAGCAUGCGCUGUAAACUGUGAACUCACACACAAACUCGUGCUCUCUUUCUCACCUUAACCACACGCGCAUGCGCACUCACUUUGAGAAAUGUGUGUGUGGUGUGUGUGUGUGUGUGUACUUACACUCUGUACAUAAAUAUAGUGAUCACAUAAUCUUGGACACAUGCUUUAAAUCCAUUCAUCUCUGUCAAUAUCCCAACUUCACUCUCACUCUUUCUCCUGGCUUUCCCCCUGUCUCUCUCUCUCUCCCGGCCUUCCCUGUCUCUUUCUCUCGUUCCUUGGAAAUCUCUGAGAGUUAGUUGACAACAACCCAAGGGGAUCUUAUUUAACCAAGACCAGUCUUUGCCUGAAUGCCGUGAAUACGUGUUAACGUGGUUGUGAAUAUCGCCUCUGGAGAAAAAUAAGAGAAAUACUUCAAAAAUGUCAGUUAUUUCGGACAUUUUUAAUUUUUUUUUCUGGUCUGACAUUUUACUGAUAAUCCCUGCAUUGUGUCUGGCAGGAAUAAUUGUCCAAGACACUUGAACACGCUACAGUAAUAUUUUCAUAUAUGUGGGUUGGUCUUUAACAUUGAACAGGUGAAGGCGCACAACGUUCAAGCAAAUCCUUGGCUAGCAACAUGACGGUAUGUGUGAGCAAUAAGACAGGAAAAAAAAAACAUACUUGCACACCUCAUCUGCCCACUCGACCAAUCAGCUACUCCCACAUGUACACACUCACACACAGACGCAUUUACACACACACACACACACACACACACACACACAAAUGCACACUGAUCCUCUCACACGGACAAGACAGACAUGCACUUAUGAAGAAGUGUGCUGGCAUUUCUGAAGGUCAUAGGUCAUCAUGUAUUACUAGAUCAGAGAGCCAGCUCAGUGACCCGGCGUAGAGGCAUCCACUAGUGCAUGUGGCCAGGCAACUCCAUUGAGUUAACCUUGCAAGUGGGCUUUCACGACUAAAAACCAAAUUACUGAGAGCAGCUGACUGAUGCGGAUGUGGGUACCAGUAUCUCUGGAACCUUUUUUUAAGAGACAUCAACUAACAUAUAUAUUGAAUUUUGCUCUGGCCUUGCAUUGCUUACAAAAAAAUAUGUUUUUCAAUGUCUUUGAGGUACUGGCAGUCAUAUUAUUUGAUGGUGAUUGAGUCACUGAAGCUAAUAGAUAAUGUCCGACAGACACACAGACACACACACAAACACACACAAGGGGGGGACCUAAGUGUAUUGCAUGCCAAUACACACACAAAUAUGUACACACAAACAAAGCUCCUAUGUCUCAUUUCUAAUGUAGGUUAUAGCAAAUAACAGCCUACAAAACAGGUUUAAUUACAAUAAAAGACAUGCAACACUGAGUGAUAGAAAUGACAACAGCAGCCCUUUUUGUUUUUGUACUUUAGAGAACGUCCUUUGGUUAAUCAGUGCUGCUUUUUGGGCAGUUGAGUCUGUAGUCUGUAAGUACUACUUGUCGUUAAAAAGAAGUGCUCCUAUGCUUAUAAACUGUAUACAAAUAUGUACUUUUUAUUGCACGUUUAAAGGGAAACUUACUUCACUCACUGAGAAGGAGAGAAAUAAAGAAAAAAAGAAAAAAAAGCAUAAAAAAGAAAAUGUACAAAAAUCAUACCCUGUGAAGAUGAAGGUCCAUCUUGUUGCUUGCUUUUGUUAUACCCAGACAGACCUUAGCCAUGUAGUAGACUUAGUAUCUCAGUCUGAGAAAGCUGGAUGAUAUAUACAUGGGGCUCAUCAACUUUUUUGUUUUUGUACUGAGCUAUUUUUUUGACAACGUUAUUAUAUCCGAAUGUUCAUUUUGUUCCCCAGCCCUGUUUUUAUCCCACUUCAAAUGGCUGACUAUUAAAACUUUUGUUUGUCGUUGUUGUUACCUCGUCCUUAAUUUCAAAGAGUGCUCACUUUUGGCUUGAUCAUCGAUCCAGAGAAGUGAUACCUGACAAAGUCAAAUUCUUUUGUUUUCUCUCUCAUCUGGUUUUGUACCAACCAGCGUGUCGUUUGUUUCUGUUUUAUUAUCAUUUUUAUUAUUAUUAUUAUUAUUAUUAUUAUUAUUUUGUAGACUGUGACAAUGAUCAUGGUGAUCUUUGCUUCUUUCAUUGUUUAGCUUCCCUUUUUGUUUUCUGAUUUUGGCUUCACUUUGUAUAUUUAGAGAAAAGAAACAGAAAAAAAAAAAUCAAAACAAAUAUAGAGUGAAUGCAAAAUAUGCAAUUGUGCCUUUUUAUACCAGUGGGUAUGAUUUAUUGUUGGUACUGAAUGGUAUGAAACCAGUUAUAUAGAAAUGCUUUUUUUAGAUGUUCUGGAUCAGAUAUAUCUGGAUGAUGUCUAUGUGACAGAGGGUGUCAAAUUUCAACCUAUCUUGAGUUGUCUUAACACGGGAUCAAUCCACUGUCACAAACGUCUGUGUGAUCGCUGCAACCAUGAGGUCUUUGAUGAGCUCAGUGGCACUCAGUAUGAAAGACUGUCCCACAAUCAAACCUUUAAUCAAAGUCGAGUAGAACGAGGCUAUUAGAUGGCCAUGUCUCUGUGUCGCUACUGUGCAACAUGUUGUGCACACGUGGAGGGUGGUGACCUUUAUCAGUUCACAGGAGAGAAACAAUAAAUUCAGGGGACAAUGGGAGACAUUGGGGGGGGGGGGUUGACCUGCAAGGGAGGGAUGGUGACAGAGCAGACACCUGAGGGGGGAAGGUGACACGUUUGUACUUUCUCUAUUUCUCUCUCGUUCUCACACACACACACACACACACACACAAACACACACACACACACACAAACACAGAGACAGAGACAGAGAUAGAGACAGACACACACACGCAUGCAUGCACAGACCCCUCAACACAUACACUAUACAAAGAGAAAAUGUUUCAGUCCCAGCUCAGUAAUGUUGUAAUGUUUUACAGGGCCAUAUCAGUGCUUCUGUCAUGUAGUCAAUGCUCUGCUAGUACUUAGAGAAGAAGAGAAGAGAGAGAGAGAGAGAGAGAUAGACAGGCGAGAGAAAGAAAGACUGAGGAGGGGAGGAAGAGAUGGGAGGAAGAGAAAGAAAGAAAGAGAGAGAGAGAAAUAGACUGGCGAGAAAAAGAAAGACAGAGGAGGGGAGGAAGAGAAAGAAAGAGGAGAGAGAGAGAUGCCUCUUGUCAUUUCAGUUUUAAAUGCUCUCAUAAAAUAUACGGCAGGGUCACAGGUAUGUCAGACGGUUGGUUUGUGGUCGUGCGUCAGCGUGUCACGACAGGGCCUAAAUCAUGCCAGCUCUGGUCUCCCCCCUCCCCUGACCAAUGGGUGUCUGCUCUCUGUCUCUCAGCAUCCUCAAGUUGCCCGGGAUUUACGUUCACUAAUGAGAUUUGUAAUUUAAAAUCCAUUAAAAUAAUUCUAUUGAAAAACAAAAUACAAACAAAAUAUCAAUGAAAAAAUCAAACACUUGGAUGUUGAUGUAGAAAUCAAGGAGCAGUUUGUCAUUGUUUAUUAUAAGUCACUAUGCACGGAACUUAGCUUAACAUGGCAAAAUGUACUGAACGCAAGUCCACUUCUAUUUAUGACUAUUUUACAUAAGUUAAUUUGCUUUUUGUACAGGUUCCUGUAAAUAAAUUGCUUGUCCUUUUUGUCUCUGCAAAUUAAAAUAUAACAUGAUCAAAAAAAAAAAA